UUGACUUUUAGGAAUGUCAAAUAAAUAAUUUCUCUGUGUGAAUUAUUUUCAAACGGGGAAAAUAAAGGGAUUUCUAAGUUUAUUGGGACAGAAAAAUUAAAGUGGUUAAUGUUCGUGAAAUAAUUCCCAUGAAAGCGGGUAGGGGAGAUUUGUUGCAAAAUCAUAAUUUCAUGUCAAGGCAAAGAUGGAUUUUGAAAAAACGGAUGUUGGAGUAAUCGUGAAAAAUAUCGUGAAAGAAAUCAUGAAAAAAUGCGAUGAAAAUCAAAUAAUUGUGGAUAUAAAAUUUGUUACAUUUUACGUUGACUUGUUGAUAAUAGAUCCAAAUUGGGGAAUCUCAGAAAAAAUUAUGGAGAUCAGAUCCGAUCUACAGAAGUUUAUACAGUUUGUUGUCGCAAACCUGAAAAAACCGGACCAACCUAAUAUGGUGGCAUUGAAAAUUCAGUUCAACAUGGAAACCCACUUCGAAGUGAUGGAACAAACCACCAGUGAACAUAGAAAGUAUCGCGAAAAUAUGCUGAAUGCACUGAAAGUGUCCGUUUUGGAACCCAGUUUUAAUGAUAGGUACAACAUUUCUGGAUUGCUCGACAAAAUAGUUUUUUACAUUACCCUAGCAUCAGGACUUGGUAAUCCAUACGAGAAAGCGUACCAAAGCUGCUCUUCAGAGCCAUAGAGGCCGUGAAGCAUCAUUUGAACGGUGUAAUAACCAAAACAAGGAAAAUAACAACUACUUUGGUUCGAGUCAUCCAAAGUUACUAUCAAUACAAAGAAAUCAAUGGCAAUAUUACUUUGGACGUUGAUAUUCCGAAAUGGGCAACACCUCAAGAUUUAGAGUACUGUAAAGGCGUUCUGGCUGUUUAUGAACAGUAUCACGAAGCAAUAGGAAAAUUAAUUGCGGAAAUAGAAAAGAUUAAGAAAGCAGCCCUCAUCAUAGAAAUGAAUCAAGAAGAACUUCUAGAAUUUCUACACAGGAGAGUAAUUUCCAAUAUGCAUCUGCCCAUUUCUUUCGUCUUCCCCAUAUUCGAGAGUUUAUUUGAUGAAUGGGUUCGUCUCCAAGAUAAUACGAUUCGACUAAUGGGACUGAAAUUAUUUUUCGAAAUUCUUCAAGAAUCCGUUGUUGCUGUCAAACUCGAUACUGAUCUGGUUAAAAAUUAUCGACGUGGAUCAGAUGAUACAGCUAAAAUAUUCCGCACUCCUCUUCCCUCGAAGGAUUUCUUCAAAUCCGCUAAGGGCGACUGUAAAGUUUUCAGGAAAGAAAUUAUAGGAAAUUGGAGUAGACAGAGAUAUGAGUUCAGCGGAUACUGCCCAUGGUUUAUGGUUUUAACAAAAGGAACUCUAGCAAAAGGAAAUGAUGAUUAUGGUAUCGCUCAAUAUAAGAGGUGCUUUUAUGUAUUUUCUUCACCUAUUGGAGUGCAGUACUUUUUAAAAGAUCCCGAAUAUUACAUCAAUCAUGUACUGAAUUUAUGCCGGAAAAAAUGUGAGCUUAUAUUGCAUCUCCGUGUCAAGAAUCACCUCAUAAAAGUACGAAAUCAAAAAAAACUAGUUGAACAUGAAGAGAUUCAUAAAGAAACUAAAGAACAAGGAACAUAUAUUGAAUCAUAUAUGCCGCCGCCGAUCUCAAAAUAUUCCAAAUACGAUUCAAAUGUUUGGGACCUCAGAAGAAAAGCUUGGCAAAUGGCUUACCUGAAAAAUUGUAAAACAUCAUCCACCCAAACUGAAAGAUCAUUCAGCAAAAACUGUAAUCCAACACAGACGUACAUGCCAAAGGAAACUAGUGUCCAAACAACUGUGGACAAUUAUUCCGAAACUCCUACACCUUUAGGAUUUUUUUAUGGACUUCGUGGAAGAAAAGAUGCCCAGCAGUUACUCCUUGAUUUAACCUAUGGCGAAUUCAAAUAGAUUUCACAAUAAAAAUGUAGUUAAGCCUAAUA